CGAGAUGGUGCUGCGUCCCGGCGGCGAAACGCGGCGGUUAUCCCUAGGCGCCCGGGCAGCGCGCAUGACCCAAAAGCGCCGGUGAACGGCUGCCCGCGCCACCGUACCCCGUAACGCGGAACCUUGCACACACAGAUCGGCGAACUGUACGCUGUGCGACUGUUGUCCCGAGACCGCCCCCCGGUUUCUCGCGCAUAGGGUUUCGAUCUAUCGUUUCGUAAUAAAUAAUAAUUAAAAAAAAAAAAAAAAAAAAAAUCACUUAACGUAUACACGACCACGUCAACACCUCAUUCCUCUCUCUCACACAUACACACACACACACACACACAUACACACACAUACACACUCUUACGCACACACGCAAACACACACACACACACACAUACGCACAAACGUCGCUUCUAACGCCGCGCCGUCCGCUCACGACAUAAUAAUAUAUAAUAUAAUUUGAUAUUCACAGUAUUAUUAUUAUUAUUAUUAUCAUCGGUACCCGUCGAAGUUGUACGCGAAUCGGUCGUUUUCAUUUUGUGGGGGUCGUGGUGCCCGCCGGGGGGGUUCGCGAGUCGAUCGCACGCGCGAUGGUACGACGGAUGUGGUGCGAGUGCCGAAGCGUAUGAUAAGAAACCGGCUUCGUGGAGGGAUCUCGGCGCCGCGUGACAACGUGAACGAUGGUGGUCGGUGGUCAUGUGCGCUGCAAAUGAGCCAUGCUGUCGUUGUACGUGCGGCUGGGUGUCCUGCUGUUGUGCGCCACGACCGUGCUGCCGGCCGGCCGAGCUGCCACGUCGUCCUCGAACGUCCACAACAAACGAGAAGCUGACUACACGCUGGACGAUUCGUAUUGGAAUCAGGAGAGUCCUGUCGGGGAAGUGGAAAGACUCCUGCGGGAUUAUCGACAAAACCAAGAGCUGGUGCGGAACAUCGGAGCCAAUUAUUAUCAGAUCAUCUACCCAGUACAAAUCAGACAUCAUGACAAAAUGGGCAUCUCUACCCGAGAGGUAGGGUCACAGAAGUUUCCCAGCUCGGGGUUGCAUGGAUCUAGUGAAGGAUACUCUUCCGGUGGAUCUUUUCGACCGAAAUCUCGGAUGGGGAAACAUUUUCACAGAACUUCCAUAUUAAUAAAAGCGUUCAACCAUAAAUUUCGCCUCGACCUGGAGCUCAACACACAAUUACUAGCACCGAAUUUAGCACAGAAACAUUUUUUACCUCAUGGAGCUGAACAGGUUUCCAAACAAGAAAUUGAACAUUGUUACUAUCAUGGAACUGUUAAGGAUAUUCCUGGUGCCACAGCUGCGUUUCAUACAUGCAAUGGAGUCGCUGGAGUCAUACACAUUGGCAACGAAACGUUUAUUAUUCAUCCAUUUUACGGUGGAGACUUGUCGAAACAUCCUCAUGUGAUAUUUGAGGCGCGGGACAAGGCUAAACGCGGAUGUGCCAACGACUUGCGGCCGGAUAGGAAAAACAAAUACACCAACGGUUUUACCGGAGGACGGUUCCGGAAAAAGCGACGACUAAAACGGGACGUCAGAGAAGUGACUAAGUACAUAGAGACCGCUCUCGUGUUAGACAAAGCUAUGUUCGAAAUGAGAAAUGGCAGUUCCAGAUCUGAAGUAAUCACUGACGCCAUUCAAAUCGCAAACAUUGCUGAUUUAUACUUCCGAACGAUAAAUACCCGAGUGUCGGUAGUCUAUAUUGAAACGUGGCAAGGGGCCAACCAGGCACUAAUUGAUAAAAACAAAGAAAUUAGCACUGCAUUGCUCAAUUUUAAUGAAUACUCGUCACAUGCACUAUUCAACAUCGGUAAAGACACUGCUCAACUACUAACUGGAGAAUAUUUUGUGGGUGGCGAGACGGGGAUGGCCAUCCAUGGAACCGUGUGUACCGCUAAGUCCGUGGGCAUCAGUGUGGAUGUGAAUGCCUAUGAACCACACAUAAUAGCGGGUUCGAUGGCACAUAUGAUCGGACAUAACGUGGGAAUGGGCCACGAUGACAAAAGGGAAGAAUGUUACUGUCGCGAUUGGCAUGGUUGUAUCAUGCAACAAUCUAUUGUAGGCAUGGAAAAUAUUCAGCCAUACAAGUUUAGCGAUUGCAGCCUCAACGAUUAUAUAGACGAAUUUCGGGAAACUCGAAAUAUGUGCUUGCUCAAUAAACCAAAUGAGGUCACUAAUUUACAACAAAAAUGCGGUAACAAUAUAGUGGAAGACAACGAAGAAUGCGAUUGUGGAGGGUUCGACAACUGCCAAAAGAAUGAUCCAUGCUGUGAUCCGAUCACAUGCAAACUGAUAAAAGAAGCCGAAUGCUCUGCAUCCGGGACUUGCUGUAGUGAUUGCAAGUUUUUGGCAAUGGGUACACUAUGUAGAGCAGCAAACAACGAGUGUGACUUACCGGAACAUUGCACUGGCGACAACGGCCAAUGUCCCGCCGACAUGUACAAAAAGAAUGCCAGCCCCUGUGGAACGGAAAACGGCUUCUGUUACAUGGGCGAGUGUCCCACGCUCAACGCCCAAUGUGAAUUGAUUUGGGGUUACGGUGGGGUGUCAUCUGACAGACAGUGUUACGAUGAAUUCAAUACCAAGGGAUCGAUGAGUGGAAAUUGCGGUAUGGUUGAAGGGCCUGGUACUACCACGUACUUAAAAUGCGAUCAAAAAAACGUGUAUUGUGGAUCAUUGCAAUGUCAAAAAGGUACUAAAUAUCCUCAAAACACGUCAGCGUCUAGACACACUAAAACAGUAAUCUCUAUAGAAUCCAAGGAUUAUGAGUGCAAGUCGACAAGUGGUUCAAAAUUAUUUAGCUUAGUUCAGGAUGGAACUCCGUGCGGCGAUAAUCUAAUUUGUAUCAAUCAAACAUGCACAAGUAUGAAUCCAUACAUCGAUACACACAAUAAAUGUCCCAGUAAUCAUAAUAAUUUAGAGUGCUCUGCACACGGGAUUUGCUCAAAUUUAAACCAGUGUUUCUGUGAUAAUGGCUGGACAGGAAAUGACUGUUCUAUCCAGUUAGAAAUUUCGCCUACUUCCCCAAACUCUGCAGACGUGACAUUGUCACCAGAGGAUGCAAAAAAAGCUAAAUCCGAUCUGGAAAGCAAAAUGAUUAUGAAAGAAACUCCAUAUGUAAACGCUCACAGCACCAACACCGGUGUCUUGGUCAUGAUACUCAUGACUGCUGUCGGAGUGGUGUUUCUGAUUUUCACAUGUUCUGCUUUGUGUUAUCGCCACGUGGUUGUGUACAAAAAGAACCCCUGUUUUUGCUUCAGGAGGAGUAGUGAAAAACAAGCAACGGACAAACAAAAGCAAUCAAUCAAUACAACUCCCGUAUCGAAACCGUCCAGAUUUGACGCCCCUUCUGAAGAAUCGGCCGAAGAAAUGGCAAUGGUUAACAUUAACAGAAUUAAUAAAUACGGAAACCAAUCGCCAUAUAAUCGCUCAGAAACUGGAUCCCAUAAAAUGCUCUUUCAUCCGACAAAUCAUAUGUCUCCGAGCACUUCUGGUAUUUCUAUGGAGCAUAAAUCACAAAACUUGUCCAGAUUAGGCCUGUGCCCUAACGACGAAGAUGACAUGAAUGUCCAAGAAAACCUUCACAUGAGUGGACGUGGAAGUAGUUGUGGUCUUGCUCCAGGGUCUGUAAGUAUAUCUGACAUGGAACGGAAAAUCAAAUCACUUGAUGGUUACCACGGAGACUUGUUAGAAAAACUUCGUACCGCCGCCCAUAGAUCAUCGUCUGGUGCCAGAUCAAGUAGUGAAGACCUACUAUGGCGUACCUUGACUGAAACUGCUGAAUCGGCUUAUAACCGUAUUACAGCUAGUCAAGAAAGACUGUGUGAAGAAAGACAUGGACUUCCUCAAAGUCAUACUGUUUUAUCUGAAAGUGGAGUGCCGACUUGUCAUCGACAUCCAUAUCGAAGGCCCAGCAGACGAACAGAUAUCGCACCAGAAGACGAAGAAGAGACAGCUAAAGAAGUUUCCUCUACAAUACGUAUACGGAAUCUCGAAGACCUUUUCAAACAAAUCCAAGAGCACACUGUACGGCACAGUCCAUCUGGUUCGGAAGAGAACAGGAUGUCCGAAACAGAAGUCGACAGACACUAUAGACAUGACGCGCAUCCUGGAUGCGAAGAACCGAGGUUCGUGAGGGGUUGGUACCGUCCGGCGAGUAGGGCGACCAGCGGCUCGGCGUCGCCGUACCAACAGGCGGCAGCCCGGGCGUCGUCGGCCACCGUCCACUCGACAACAGCUCGUCGACCAAUAGCGCGGUCGGCUAGCAUGGACAUGCCGGCGGUCGCGGCCAUCGCCGACAAUGGCGUCCGACAGCCGGCGGCAGCCCGCAGUGGCGGCAGCAGCAGCGCCCGGAGCAGUCGCCGGUCCUCAGCGCACCAUCAACACCACUCCGCGUACGACCCGCCGUCGGCCACCAGCAGCGGCAGCGGCCAUUCGCCGUCGCCCCGGUGCCGACAGCGGCGAAACGGCGCCACGGACGACAUCCGCACCGCCACCGCCACAACCAGUACCAUCAUCACCGCCAACAACAUCACCACCGCCGCCGACAGCAGCAGCAACAGCAGCAACAACAUCAACCAUCACCGCCACCACCACCACCAUCAACAGCAACAACAACAACAACAUCAGCAACAACAUCGCUCCUCCCCUGCCAACGGCCCCGACCUAACCACGACCGCGGUCCCCGAACUGCGUACCGCGCUGCUCAACAACAAACAUUUUCCCGAAUACAAACACUGACGUAAAUCAAAUGCCGCCGCCGCCGCCGGAGGACCGUCGUUCGGCGGUCAUCUCUUAUCCGGUAACCACCACGACUCGUCACCCUUUUAGAGGUCGUGACGUCAAGUGGCAGAGCGGGACGAGGUGAUAGGUCCGACGGCAGCAGCGGCGAUUGUUACGCGAUUAUCGUCCCGUAUAAAUAUUAAUUUUAUUAUUGUGAUUAUUAUGAUGAAAUAGUAAAUUUUUGUGCGAAUGGUCGACGGCCAUCGCUUGCGCGUAAUAACAAAUCGUCGUCAUUAUAAUCGUUAUUAUAUACUUAAUUAUUGUCGUUUGAUAUAUUAGCAAUAAUAAUUCUUAUAAAUAUAUAUGCGUCGACGUCGUAACCGCCGGCUCUGGUUAGAUUAAGCUUAGGCGUGGAUCUAAAAUGGAGAAGAUCUAAAUGGGAGGCUACUCAUUUUUUUAGAAAAAAUACAAUUAUAAUUUUAGUUCACGAUAGAUUAAAGAUGACAUUAUAUAGAUAAGAUUUUAUAACAAUGUUAACAAUUUUGUUUAUGUUAAUAUAUAACAUUUCCAAAGGAGGUGUGCUAAAGCCCCUUUCACUUCUCUGCAGAAUCCGCGCCUGGUUAAAUUAGGUUAGGAUCCUCAUCUGUACAAUUUAUACCUAGGUAUAUAAUAAGUACACAUUUAUACGAGAUUGUGUGUUCAUAUAGUUCACCGACGAUAACAAUAUUAUUUAUAAUAUUUAUAAUGUGUUCGACGCUAAAAACUACAAACAGAAAUCAAUAGAGUAAUUAUUAUAUAAUAGGCAAGGCCUAUUACAUACCUGGGAAUCAAGGAUUCGGCCCUCUACCCCUUAAAAAAUUGUUCCGAGGUACCUAUACAUGUUUUUAUUAACACACCACCAUUGAUAUUUAUAAUAACUAAUAUAAUAAAUGAUAGUAAAAACGAUUUUGGGGAAAGAUGGAGGACAGAAACGGAAAUUUUAUUGGGUAUUAUUUAUAGUAAUAAUCGUAGUGGUCAAAAUUCUCGGUUCACAUUAAAUAUUCCCACUCAAAAUUUUCCCCAAAAAUACGUCAUCCCGUGUAUUUUAAUAAUAUAUUAGACUCGUAUUCUAAGAGCACUCGGGUGAUGGAUCACGUCUCUGGGUCACGGAAUUUAGCAUUUAGCGUUCGUCACACGAUUUCCAGUAUAAUUAAUUAUUCCAGUUCAGUAAGCCUCAGUCCACUCCGCCCUUCCAUAAAACUCAUCAAACCUCAACACAAUACCAUCUCGGUGAGUCAAUACUCUUAACCGCUGCCACCGUGAUUCUAUUUGAUGCGCUUACAUCUAAAUUGAAUCUCUAGCGUUUACUACUGGCAAUAUAUAAAAAGUAUAUCAAAAAGAUAAUGACAAAAUUACGAAGGCAGUUAAAUUUAUUAAUUGUUAUUAUUAAUAUUGGUUUGGCUGCGUCGUGUCACACCAAAAAAAGGACGUCCAGAGUAUUUCAUUUUUUAAACGCAAAUAAUUGUAAAUUUUACUCGUGAUUUUACGCUAUCAAAUCAACAACAUGGUAAUACAUAUACUCAAUAUAUAAUCUUUUCGACCCUCAAUACCUAUCCCUCGAGUAAUAUUCUCUCGUCAAUGUUUGCGCUUUUCACGAUUUUUUUUUCUUCAAUCCAUAUAUAUAUAUAAAUCAUCUCGAUCACGUUUCUUUAGUCCCGAUUUCCUAAAAAAAUAUUUAACAACGCGUUCAGCACCUAUACGUGAACAACACUCCUCUAUGCGUUUCCGAUAACGAAUCGACUUACAACGUUUUCCUCUAUAAUGUAAUACGUGCGUUUCGUAUGUAUUCGUAUUAGCUCUAUCAUUUUUAUUUUUUCGCGUUCUCUCUCUCUUUCUCUUUCCCUCUCUGUCAAACGGUAGUUUCGCAAACACUGACUUUAUAAUAUCGUGUACCAUCAUUUUCUUUUCGCUUUUUUUACCACACAAAUGGCUUUUGGAUUUUAUUCGUAUUUUUGUCGCAUGACCAACGCUAGAUAUUUUUUUUGCCGCGGGAAAAAAUAUUUAUAAAAACAACAUCAGAGGUUUUUCCGGGUUUUUUUUCUUUUUAUUGCGGUCAUAAGCUGGUCUCGAAAUCGUGUGUGUAUUACGUGUAUAGGGCGCGAAGCCACCGGAAAAUGUGAUUCUCGCGUCCCAUAUUAUAAUACACAUCCAUUGUCGGACACGCAUCAGUGCAUCACGCACUCGAUAUUUUGCUACGCACCAAAUAUCAUUUAUCGAUCAAUAUUCAGUGUAAGCACAUCAUGCUAGUGUGUUGUAUACCUACGAAUAAAAUAUUUUUAAACACUUGUAUUGCCAUGAAUACAAUAUCAAAUUUAAUAAUAGUCAUAAUAAUAAUAUACCGAUUAUGAUAAUGAUUAUUAUGUUUUGAAGUUCUCGAUGCAAUAUACAAGUAUAAUAUUAAAAUAUAUAAUAAUAUGUACCUUAUGCCGUUGUUAUAUUGAAUUUUGUUUUUAUGUACAUAUUUUACCAGGGUUACUUUUAAAUAUAUAUCUACAUAUGUUUAGUGCGGUAUAAAAAAAUCUGUCUUCUACAUGUGUAUCUAAUUAUUAUAUUAAAAUAAUCUUGUAUAAAGUUUUUUUCCGUAGUGUAUAUUAAACAUGAACGUAUUCGUUAAAAUGCGCGUACCUAAGUCAGAUCCGAGAUCGCAACUGCCAAAGUGUUUUUUUUUUUAAUAAUAUGACUUAUUAUUAUAUAAUAGUUGUAUUAUUACGAUAUAAUAUUAUGUUAUUGAAAAUUACAAAUUUAUCGAUCUUGUUUUUGUCGAUUUUUUUUUCUUUAUUAAAUUUUACUAUAAAUGUAAAUUGUAUUGUUUUAUUAUGAACUAUAAAAUAGUACAACAGUCUCACUGAAAAACAUAAGCCGAAAAAUCCUAAACAAUCGAAACUACUCGAAAUCGUAUAAAUCACAUCGGAAAACGUUUACGAAAAAACAAUGAUUUCCAAUGUGCUAUUUACUAUACCUCAAUCAAAUCCGUUUAAUCGUUAUUAUGAGUAUGUUAAAAAUAUACGCCAUUUUCAGAUUUCUAUUAAAUCGUUUAUUACAGUUAAUUUUUUUCCAGCAUAAGUGUGCGUAAUUAUGAAUACGUGUUCCUAAUGCGUUUACUCCGCCACUAAACACUUAUAUUUUAUUAAAUAAAUAUAUCAGGUUAAAUUACGAAUCCAUGUAUAAUAAUGAGUUAUGUGCGAUAAUUCUCGUGACAUCUCAGAAUGAAGUCACAUCUCUCGUUAAAAAAAAAUAACAAUGUCUCUAAUAAAAAAAAAACUUUAAUCGUAGUUUUUUAUUUAUUAUAAUUAUUAUUUCACUCAACCCUGCGUGAAUAUUAUAAUAAUAAUAUAAUGACCAUGUAUUUGUAAUAUUUUUUUUCCUGUCUGAAUUUGUUGCAAAUUCCUAGUUCCCACUCAAUUCGUGCACGAAUUAAACGAGAGUAACCGUACUAUGAUAAAUAUUUUAAUUUCUUUGGAUAUUACUGCAGUAAUAAGUAGCAAGUGAUAUUCAUAUCACGGAUAUUCCACGUGUAUUCUGAUUUCUGAUGGAUAUUAAAAAAAUUAGACGCCUCUUACUACAUUAUAUUUUGUCAAUAUUUCGAUCUCGCUAAAAACAGUUACUAUCACUAUGUCCUACAUAAUAAUAUAUUAUUAUUAUAUUAUUGGUAGAUGUUUUUUACUUAAUGUAUCUUUUUAUAUAGCAUAUAUAUAUAAUAUAUUUAUAUUAUAUGUGUAUGAAGUAUUUAUCAUCAAAAAUAUUAGGUACAUAUUUAUUUUGUCAAGAAAUUACUUUGUUACAUAUUAUAUAACAAAUUUAAUUUCUCCGAAGUAUAAAAUUAUCAUCAGAAAAAGAAAAUACUCUUUACCGUCCCCCCAAACCCAAAGAUCUAUAGAUCGUCACUUUUAUGACUUAAAGAGGUCGCAACUGAGGAAAUACGAAUAAAGGGAGACGGAGAAGAUGAGGUUACAUCUGCAACCAGGGGUUUAAGGCGUUGGAUUUUAUUUCAGGAGGUUCCAUAUUUUGAAAUAUUAUGAUAAAUUUAUAUAGAGGCAGUAAAAUUGUAAUUCUGACUGCAACUAAUAAAACAUCUGAUUGCAGUUUAAGGGGAACCUUUAGAAACAGACUUUCGAACCCUCGUGUAUAUAAGUAUUGGGCACAGAAGCAAAACAUCCAAAUACCUUAAGAAAACGAUCUAGUCGAUCGACUGCAAUUUCUGACCGGCGGUUUAGACGUAAUGAUUUAUGUACAAUAUUAUAUCCACGUGUAUAUUGUGCUAAAAUAUCGAUAUUCUAAAUAAUAACAAACUAAUGUACGAACGCCUCAUAAAGGUGUAAUAUAUAAAGACAACGACGACAUUGCAGCGAUCCUCGUCUGUAAUAAAAUGGACGAAAGUUGUUUUAAAUUCUCGGUUUUUUUAUUUUCAUUGUCGUUGUCGUUCUUGUUAUUAUUGUUGUUGCUUUUGUUGUUGUUGAUGUUGUUGUUAUUGUUGUAUACCUAGUGUUUAUUCGUACACACGCGUGAAACAUGUGUACACCUAUACUUUAAGUGGAAAAAAAUCAAUUCUAAAUUUGAGUUAACUAUUAUUAUUAUUAUUAUUAUUAUUAUUAUAUAUUAUAUUAUACACAUAAUAUAAAGACAUCAUACUGUAUUCGUGAUUUUGCCCGUAAUUAAUAAAAUAAUUGUGUGCGGUUACAAACCUAUCUGUAAUACUAUUAUUGUCCGUUGUUAAUAUUAUGAUAAAAUUCACUGUCGAAAAUCUUCUAUAGGUAUAUAUUCUAAUAUUAUAUAUUAUUAUUAUUAUUAUUAUUAUAUGUGUUUUAAUCGAUUUUUAGAAGAGAUAAAAAUUUUAAAAAAAAAACGUUUCAUUUGAAUCUCAUAUAUAUAUAUAUAUAUACAGUCGACUUACCACGGUUAUGAGGUUACAACCUACUAUUAUAAUACUUCUAUUAUUGUAAUACCCCUGCGUAUAUGAUGUGUGUAGUGUCGGUGCCAGUGGGGGAUGGUCUUUCGAGGGAAGAAACUCGAAAGUCUGUGGGACCCGGUUGGGUUUCAUUUUUUAUGACCAUCAAACAACUGGCCCGUUAAGUACUCUGCACAAUAAUAAUAUGAUUUUAACAGAGGACCUACAUUAAUUUCGCUUUAAAUCAAAACCAGUGUGCGUACAUUUUUUUCGCGUAUGCAGUUUUUUGUCCACGUUUCAAAAAUUCGUAGACAAUAUCCGGGCGAACCCACUACGUUCACUUAUGACUUAAUAAUUAAUAAUUGUCAUUGUAUACGUAAAACGACGGUAACAAUAAAAUGUAUAUUAUUAUAUUGUUAUUGCCCAUAAUUGCCGCCGCCACCACCGUCGUGUGUUAUAUAAUAUUGUUAUGGUUUGAUCGUUUGAUCUUUUAAAACCCCAUUUGUUUUACUUUCGAAAUGUGUAGAACGAUGAUUAGAUUAAAUUCAAAUUGUUUUAAAUGUAUUGAUAUUAUUAUUAUUAUUAAUCUGGUAUAUUUUAAUAUUGUGCGAUGUUAUUUCUACACUUACAUACCAUAUUAUAUACUUUAUACAUUAUAUUGGUCAUAUUGUGCGUUAAAUAUUAGUAUAUAUUAUCAUUAUAUUAUUAUAAUUAUUAUUUAUUAUUAAUAUGAUAACGAUAUUGUUUUAUUGACAUUUUUUAUUUUUACUUGUAGACGUGUGCAGGGUAUUUAAAUUAUUAUUAUUAUUACGAUGUAAACAAUAUAGAGUUAUUAUACGGCCCGUAAUCAUAUAAUAUAGACCCGUAGUAAUUUGGCCGAGACGUGCGUAUGGGGGUAGCAUCUACACCACCUACUAAAAAUAGAAUAUACUUGAUACGUUAUUAUAUAGUCUAUAGACAACUGCUCAGACCGCAAAAUAGUAGCUGUCAUACAUAAUCGAGUAAAUAUGGGUAGUGGUUAGGUACCGCAAGGUUUACCUAUAUACCUACCUACCUCCAUGGGCUGCCAAAGGGUUUCAGUCUAUUAUCGUCUACCAUUCGAAUCUCGUUUCGACGCGGCCGGUUCCGUUCGCGUUUCGCACACCUUUAUUUAAACAUACUUACACGUUACACCACUUACACCCAUGUAUCCGAAGCAGCGUGAUUGUGAACUUUUUACCUAAAAAAAAACACAACACGAUUGCGCACCAAAAUAUUAAUAUUAUAGGCAAAAAUAUAACGUGAUAGGUAGCUGUAUAACACACAAAAAAUAGUUUAUAAACGAAAAGGUGGUUCAAAAAAAUUCAAAGCAAUAAUAACUAAUUAAAAGAAAACAAUUCAAAUUUGAAAAUAACUAUUUAAUAAAAAAAAUUAUUCCCUCGUGAUUUUUACCCAAAAAUAUAGUCAGCGAUACCUUUUCUUGUUUAAUUGAAAAUAAUUCUCCAACCGAAAACUUAGAUUUUUCUAAUUAUUUGUUAAACAGUUAUAUAUCCCACGAUGUAUUAUGUAUUUAUGUAUAUUAAUGUCUCAAUACAAAUGUAUGAAAAAUUAUAAUUUUAAAUAUGCAAUACUUUUAUUGAAAAAAAUCAUAUAAUGUCAUUUUUUAUUUUCGUGUGUAAACUUUUUUGGUGCUCAAUCGUAUUGUAUUUGUGGUGCCAUCGGUAAAAAAGGAUAACUUACAAUGGUGGACUAUAUCGGCGGGAUAUCGAAACUUUUUCUGUUGGACCACACAGCUAGUGUAGUGAGUUGUUCGUACAAAUAAUAAUUAAAGGCAUUUCCACCCGUUUAUGGCUGUAGAAAAAACAUAUUGAAUAAUAUUUAUGUUAAAGACAUUAUAAAUAUUGUUAAAAUAAAAGUGGCUUAUUAGACUUAAUAAAAAACCAUAAACAAUUAGGUACAUUUUUUUUUAGUUUAAUAUUACAUUCUCUUAUUAAAAUAUGAUUUAUCUUGUUCAGUAGUAGCUAACUUUAGAGCAACAUGUCUUAUAAAACUUCGAAUUAUCCACUAUAAAAUCACAGGACAAAACAAAUUUGAGGGCCGAUAAAAUUCCCUGGCUGAAUGUGCACUGGCAACCUCUAUAUUUUUCUUGGUAUGCAAUCAUAUCGCGUUUUAUUACCAACUAGUAACUACCUACCAAUCUAUACAAUUGUAUUAAAGUUACGCAAUAUUAUAAUGUUAAAUCGUACAUUACACAAUAGUUUACUUCCUCGUAGGUAGAGAGAUGUUCCGACGGCCUUUACGGGUUUUACGGCUUUACCUUACCAGUUUCGUCCAUAGCCCGAGUAGUGUUAUUCCGCCGCUGCAGACAACACCUUCAUAAUACUCAAAUCUUUCGGGUACUUAGGUAAAGUCCCAUACUUUACGACGACGUUUCCGGCCGCGAUGCGCGAGCGAAAUUUUCCAGUGACCACCCCAUGACAGUAUUAUAAUAUUAUAUACCACCCACACUGACAUUUCAUACAACCCGCCAAUAUGAUUCUUUUCAAAAUACCUAUAUAUACGUAUGCAUAAUAAUAUAACGACGAUGAAUUUCUCGAUAUCAUGUAGUAAUGUCACUAUUAUUAUUAUUAAUAUAUCAUUACGAUGAUACAUAAUAAUAAUAAUAUCCAGAAAAAUUAUUAUAAUUAUUAAUAGAUAUAAGUAUAUAAUAUUAUAAAACUUUAAAAUAUAUAGGUAUAUAAAAAAUACGACGGAUAAAAAUAUUCUGGCGACCAAAAAAACGAAUUGUCACUGUAACGUCCAAUUUUCAAUUUUUUUUUCCUCGGUCAUAUAUGGUUAUAUAAUAAAUAAUAAUAAAUAAUUAUAAAAUGUAAAUACGUAUAUCCUAAUAAUAUAAUAGACUCGGGUGUAACGGAUACUAAUAUAUUAUUAUAUGAUUUGAUUUCUUUCUCGAUCUACCAAAACCAAAAUAACUGCGAGUAAUAAUAAUAUUAUAAAUUUAAAUGUUUUGUAGAUAAUGUGUAAAAAAAAAUAAAAAAGUUCUAUUGUUCAUUAUAAAUAUAUUAUAUUAUUGUGAAUUAUUUUUUUUUUUUUUUUUUAAUAUUAUUUUGGUUUUUAAAUACGUGAGACAGGACUCGCGUAUAGUAGUUUGUAAGGUCAUUACGUCGUCUACUUGUAAAUAUAAUACCGAUAAUAAUAUUAUACAUCAAUUGAUAAUGUUGUAUUAUAUAUUAGUAAUAUUAUAUUAUAUUAUAUAUGAUA